AUGACGACUCCAGUUUGGCUCAUUACUGGUAGCUCCAAUGGCCUUGGUCUGCUAUUAAGUCUUCGAGUGUUGAAGGCUGGACAUAAAGUUAUUGCAACGGUGCGAGACUCAAACAGAUCAGCUGAUGCCGUCCGUCAAAUCGAAGAAGCUGGCGGAAAGAUCAUUGCCAUCGAUCUCUCAGAAUACAAAGCAAACAUCACCAAAAAGAUCCAAGAUGCUGAGAAGAUCUAUGGACGAAUCGACUAUUUAGUAAACAACGCUGGAUACUCCCUUUUGGGUGCUAUCGAGCUCUUCACGGAGACUGAAGCCGAACAUCAAAUCCAAACAAAUGUGUUUGGUCCGCUUUAUGCCCUCCAAGCUGUUAUCCCGGGUAUGAGGAGCCGGGGUUCGGGCACCAUCGUCAACGUCAGCAGUAUAGCUGGACAAGAUGCCCAGCCAAGCUGCGGACUCUAUAGCGCCAGCAAGUUUGCGCUCGAGGGUCUAACUGAGAGUUUAUCUAAGGAAGUUAAAGAGUUCGGGAUCAAUGUCCUCCUGGUUGAGCCUGGAGCAUUCCGCACCAACUUUCUCGAAGCCAGCGUCAAAAGCAACAUCGCCGACGAGAAGGCGUAUCAAGGAACUUUGUUGGAAGCAACUCUUACCAAAUUCACCAACGCAGCAGGGAAACAGUCUGGAGACCCCCGCAAGGCCGUGGACAUCAUCUUUGAAGUUGCUAGUGGAGAGGGGGCAGCUGGACAUCUGAAGGGCAAAAUACUGAGGCUACCUUUAGGCAAAGACUGUUUUGCUCGCCUGAAAACAAAGCUUGAGUCUGUGCAAAGCGAUGUUGAUGUAACUCAGGAUAUUGGUAUCACUACUGACUUGAACGAGAGAUAG